CAGCAGCACAAACAUCCCUGCUAAUAUCAGCAUCCACAGUCCACAUUUCUAGAGGAAUAUUUUUUCAAAGAAGCUAAGUGAAUGAUCUGGGGUUCCGAAAAACUUGAAAGCUGAAUGGAUAAUUGCACUUUGCACCAGUCUGAUGAUGGAUAACAUAAAUAAACAGAUUAAAACAAUAUAUUUGUUGUUGAGCUCAUAUUUUUAUUUAUUCAAACAUUUUGUACCAAAGUAGUUUUUGAUUUGAAAAUCUAUAUUUUGUCAGAAUAUGGCUUUCAAAUUAAAAUGCAAUUACUUUCUAUUGAUUACUUACAGACCCUGCAGUCACUGCUUGCCUAAAUAUCUUUAAGCAAACUGAUUCUUUUAUGUACAAUAGGAAGAGUAGCUAUGAGGUAGGUGUUACUGAAGUGCUGUUAAUUUGUAUUUUGUGGUCUUUCAUGCCCAAAAAGACUGGUUGAGGCCGAGUAUUUUAUUGUUGUUUAGUGUGGUUGAAAGCGAUUGGAAUGCUGAUUGAACAGUUGGUGUGUGUAUCAGCUCUGACAGCUGCAGCAGGCCAUGGAAAGCUUGCUGUGUGUAGACUCCUGCUGGAUCAGGGAGCUGCUGCUGAGCAAGGCAACAGGCAUGGCAUCACUCCACUCUUCAGUGCCGUGAGACAGGGACACACACAGGUGGUGGAGCUGUUGCUGAACUAUGGGGUUGAGGUGAACAGUGUGGACCAGCAGGGUCGAACAGCUCUGAUGAUGGCAGCCUCAGAAGGACACAUUACCUCCGCCCAGAUUCUGUUGGAUCACGGGGCCUCUCUCAACCAGAUCGAUAGGGAAGGCUUGACUGCUCUGAGCUGGGCAUGCCUCAAAGGCCAGUUCCCAUUGGUCAGGGAACUGGUGGAGAGAGGGGCAGCCACUGACCAUGCUGACUGCAGCAGUCGAACACCUUUGGACCUGGCUGCCUUUUGUGGAGACCCUGAAGUGGUCCAGUAUCUAGUGGAUCAUGGAGCGUUGGUGGAGCACAUGGACUGCAGUGGGAUGCGCCCUCUGGACCGAGCAGUUGGCUGCAGAAACACUUCAGCAGUUAUUGCUCUUCUCAAGAAAGGAGCUAAGAUUGGACCAGCAACCUGGGCCAUGGCCACUUCCAAGCCGGACAUUUUAAUGGUGCUACUCAGUAAAAUUAUCCAAGAAGGAGACAGACUGUACAAGCAAGGAAAAGUGAGAGAAGCUGCACAGUCCUACCAGUCAGCCCUCAACAAGUUUCCUGGAGACGAGCUAAAGACAUUCAAACAGCUCAGAGUGUGUGUGCUGCUCAACUUGUCCCGCUGCCACCGUAAAAUGAACGACUUCAACCUUGCUGAGGAAUUUGCUACAAAGGCUCUAGAGCUGAAAUCCAACUCCUACGAGGCCUUUUAUGCCCGAGCCAGGGCUAAACGAAGCCGCAGACAGUUCCAUGCUGCGUUGGAGGACCUGAUUGAGGCCAGCUGUCUAUGUCCAUCCAACAGGGAGAUCCAGCGCCUUCUGUCUCGAGUGAAAGAAGAGUGUCGGCAAGUUUCACAGCAACAAGACUCUCCCUCUGCUUAUCAACACCAGAAGGCGAUGUCCACCAGUGAAGCCAGGUGUAGGGAUUCCAACUGUCUUCAUGUGCAGAACAUGGAAAGCUUUAACAGUGAAGACGAGGAAGUGGAGAAAGAAAAAGAAGGGUAUUUCAGGGAAGAUGAAGACUUUUCGUCCUUUCUUCCUCCUCACACAGUUCAAAGUCUUGACACCCAUUACUACCCCGGACUGAAAUCACCAUCUUCUCUCUCUCCAACUCAUAUGCAUCAGUGCCCCUCUAGUCCCACUCAUUUAGCAGACCUCUCUUCCCCCAGUCAUUCUUUGCUACCUCCCACUUCCCCCAGCCAUCAUCAUGUUAGUGCUCCUUCAUUACCCCUGCAGCAUCCACAAAGAGCUGGCUCAAUGUUUGAAAGUGGAGGACAACACCACCUUCAAACUGUCUCAGUGCUUAGCCCAGGAGAUCAUAAUCAAGGCAGGCAUCAGAACAACCUUGGUUCCGAUCAGAAAUCCCUGCUAAAACGCAGCCCUCCCAAAAGCCAGUGGCUCCAGAAUACCAAGGCUGAGGUCAUCCUGAGCAGUCAGCCAAGCUCCUCAGUCCACUCUGAUUUGGUUUUAGGGAGUUCUGCCUCCUCCCAGUUUACCAAUCUUCCUGAAGAGUUAGCAGAGUUACGGGAAGGCUUUUACCCUAGACCGUUUGAUGUCAGACAUGGCCCACUUGUCUGUGGUGGUGUUGGUUCCAGAGCGUCUCAUGUUUUGGACAAUGUGGGUGUUUCACUUGUUUGCCAGACACAAGCAACACCUGUGCAUGGCAGAGGAACAGCAGCGGACAGAUUGGUAGUAAGUGUUUUUAGCCAGCCUCAACAGUUCAGCUGCAACCAGUCUAAAGCAGCUUACUACCCAAUGGAAUUUACAGAGGCAACUAUGGGCAAUCAGUCACUGCAAGACUUUAACUAUCAACACCAGGGUGGACUUCAUCUCCCUCUUAAUGCCCACCCGACCUCCACCUUCACUCCUCCUCCCAGGUCUCUUAUACACUCCCAGAGUGUGAAUGUGCGCUUUUCUUCCAACACUGCAAGUGGGCUGCUAACUAAUGAAGGUCAAGGAUUCAGGACCUCAGUCUCUGCCCAGCACAUGGAUCUACCUUUAGAAUCUAUGGGAGAUGCUUAUGGUUGUCAUGAUGAUCUUUUUCUUAAUUCCUCUAAGCAGUCAGAGAUCUGCAUGACUGGAGGAGGGACAUAUCCUGGAGAGGCAGGACGUUCUUCCAGGAACACACCUUUUAUGGGCAUAACAGACAAGUCGGUACGGGUGCACCAGCAGUACCAGCAGCAGGUUCCUUCUAGUUCAGCAUCCUGCCUCAGCCUCUCUCACUCCUGGGCUGUUUCUUCAGUCGACACAAUUGUCACGUCACCUAGCAAAAGCCCUACCAACCAGAGAGGCUUGGCUCCGGAAGCCCCAUUAUCUAAUGCCUACUAUAAAUGUAGCAACAACAAUGCUCACAACAGCCACCUCCACCUUGCACAGGUCCAAACGGACCUGUGCAAGGUGGUCCCUAGUAACAACCAAUGGAAUGAAGAUUUGGGGCAAGUUUCAAGUCAGAACCCUUCCUAUCUUGAUGUGAAUGUUGCCCAAACACUGCCGGUUAGCCAAAACUGCUCUGACAGGUCAGUAGAAAGGAUUGUACCUACCUCUCCUGUCAAACCAAAAGGGCCCUUUGUUGAGUCAAAUGUGUAAAGAAGAACAAAAAAUAAAGGUUUAAAGGAUCUCAUCGGGAAGUGUAUUUCAAGUUGGGGUUUGGAAUUAAUAACUGCUUAAAAUAAACUAUCCUCAGGAGUUAAAAAGUAAAAUGCACAACUAAAAUCCCAAAUGGCACUCACUUUCAGGUUUUGGUUGGACAAGACUGCACUUUACUGGACAUUGUCGCCAGUAUCCAGCAGAAUUCUGAAAGAGUCUAAAGUAUAUUCUAAAAUUUUGAAGAAAAUCAUAACUCAAAAGAACACUUUCCCAGUUGCUGCACUGAAGUUCUACAUUCAAUAUCAGUUUUUAAAUGACCAGCACACACUGUAAGCAUUUAAUCUUGCAUUGAAGUUUAACAACAAACAACAUUUAACCUGGUUUGGUAUAUUCAGGCAGAGCAAGGAAUGAUUAUUGGGGGAAAAAGAAAAGCAAAUUCUCAAUCAUCAAAGCCACACAAUGGUAGAGGAGUAUUCUGUGAAAUGGAAACAGUGGAAAAAACAUAAAAAUUUUUCUUUCUUGUUCAUCUCCCUUAUCUUUCACGCUUUUUAACAGAAAAUAGCUCAGUAUUACAGGGAUAUAUUCACUAAAGUAAAUAAAGCACUGCUGUUACCUUUUCCUGAUGCAAUGCCAUCUGGAAUGACAUAAAUAGAAAGAAGUGAGCUGUAAAAAUUUUCAUCAGCAUCUCAGACCCAAGGCCAUAGCUUCAGAAAGUUGGACAAUGCAUUAAAAUUAUUAAACACUACUUUGCUGUAAAUAAAAUGGUUUCUAUUUAUCAGAUAUUUUUCAGUUGUGUCUGUAUUUAACUAUACAGAUAUUUUAUUUUGAAACUGAAAUGUAAUUUUGUUUGUGCUAUGUGUGAUGAAUUUGUGGCAUCUUACUUGGAUAAAAAAGCAAAUUUGUCUUUUC